AUGUUAGUGAGUGUAAGCCAUUGUGAUUGUGACAUUAGAAGUCAAGAUCAUAUGAAGGUCAUAAAAUGGUUCCUGCUAAUUUCUUUGACCAUGGUUGGGAUGGCCUAUGAUCCAAACGAUAAAUCAUUGAAGGACAUUUUACUACCAGAAGGACAAUUCGAGGCGUUCUACUUAAAAGGAUCGCAGGAGGAGGAACAAAACGCCGUGAGGCCACCGCAUCUUCAUGGCUCGUUUCAUCAGUUCAAGAAUCCUGCCCUGGUUGGCGCUCCAAACAGCGCGGCCUACGGUUAUCGUUUUGAUGGAAAGCGUCGUUUUAAUUAUAAUUAA